GGGCGAUUGCAAGGGGUUGCCAACAGCGGGAGAGACGAAUCACUUUACCAUUUUUCUGUCAGCACUUUAAACUUUUCUAAUAUUUCGAGACGGCCUGCUUAUUUUUGUAUCAUCCUUAUCCUUACCAUAAUGCCACGCGGCGGAAAAAAGGGUCACAAGGGCCGAGGGAAACAGUUCAGCAACCCAGAGGAAAUCGACCGGCAGAUGAGAGCCCAGAGGGAGAAGGAGGCAAAUGCUGGUGCUGAGAAGGAGAGCUCUGACGAGUCUGAGGAGGAGAGCAGCAGUGAUGAGGAAUCUGACAGAAAGAAAAGGAGUGGAGUGGAGGGGCUCAUAGAGAUUGAAAAUCCCAACCGUGUUUCCCAGAAGAGCAAGAAGGUGGCUGAAGUCGACGUCGCUGCUCCCAGAGAGCUGUCUCGCAGAGAGAGAGAGGAGAUAGAGAAGCAGAAGUCAAAGGAACGCUACAUGAAGCUCCAUCUGGAGGGCAAGACCGAGCAGGCCAGGGCGGACUUGGCCCGACUGGCUAUCAUCAAAAAACAAAGAGAAGAAGCUUCCAAGAAGAGAGAGGAACUCAGGAAAGAGAAAGAAGCCGAAGAGGCCAAAGGAGCACGCUAAUACCUCACCGGAAGACGUGCACGUCAGUCGUGGAGGGAUGGAGAUGAUGUGAAGGGGAGCAGGAAGAGGACCGCCAUGAUCAGGGAUCAGACUCCUGAGACUUUCACUUCAACGGAGGAACUUUUCUAUUCAGACGAACGGGUGAAGCAAAGCGAAGAGGAAUGCAACAUUUAGGGUGCCUUUGGUCGUUCUUCAGAUUGAGUCGAGCUUCAGGAGCAGAAGUGCUUUACAGCCUCCACUUUCAUCACGUGCCAGGGUUUUAACUUUAAAGCUGCUAAAUCUUCCAUUCCUUUUGAUUUGUGCGAUUUUACAAGGUUUAUAUUUAGGUUUUCUAGACGGGGAUUACAGCAAGGACUUCUCUGGUAUUACACGUUUCCUUUAGCGUUUUAUAAGUUAAGAUUAGGACAAAAACAAACUGUUCUAAUCGUUUGGAGGGUUAAAAUGAGCUCAGUUUCUAAUUUCAUCUACAGUUUAACGUGCUGCUCAGUACUUUCUUCCUCAUGAUUUGAAUAAAACAAGAAUCUUUAGGGUUUUUCCUGUAACUUUAUUAUCUCAAGUUCUGGUCCGUUCUCAUAAAUGAGCUAUUUUACACAGAUGUGGGAAUUUGCCGCCUUCCUUACGGGCACGUCGGUAACAUCUACUCGUUUUAUACACAUUUCUGCCUCACAGAUCUACAUGUAGACACCUUUCAGUCAACUUGGUGUUAAUGUCGGUCCUCGUGUUUCAGAACGUUUAAAGGACUUCCCUAAACAUUUCAGUGAAACAUGUUCCCUGCUGUUAACGACGGUCCUGUUUGGACUCUGCUGUCUGCUCUUGUUGCCUUUUUAAGGGUCACACAGGAAACUAAAGAAGUCUAGUGUUGCAAAGGGGUGGUCGGUUUGCAGAAACUUUCCAUGUGAAGUGAAGCUGAGAAGCUUAAAAUCUGUACCAAAUUCUGACCUUUUCCUUCCUCAUUUUUGUGAACGUGCACGAAUGUUGGGAUAAAAUCAAAGAAAUGUUUGUCACGCUACGACCUGGAAGACGCAACAACGUGAGAUUAGAUGAUAAAAUUAAUUUGGAUGAUGCGUUGACAUCACAGCAAUGUUUUUACCCAUUACUAUCAGCAAAGCUUCACUUUAUGUUGCUCCUUGAGCUCGGAUGUUUAGCUUCACUAGUUUUAUGCUCAAAGCUCAGAAAUAUGGUCCGGGUUUCUAGAAAUCUGUGCACGUGUUGGAGGAACAGCAUAGAUCCACUCGUGUCCCUGCUUGAAACCAUUUAGUCCAGUCUGUGUUCAAAUAUAUUCUGCAACUGUACAUCAAAUCCUUGUAAAGGGCUGAGUUUUAGUAAUCUGGAUUGAAGGUUUAUUCCCAUAAGUUUCUGUUAAUUCUCAUGGAAAGUUUCCAACUCUUGAAAGUCCCACAAUUUUCAACACACUGAGUGGUUCAAGUCACAUCUACAGAAAUUACACGUAAAAAUGACACAUUUGUUCUGUAACUGUCCCAAGAGAUGAGCAGCGUGGUUCUCCAGGGUUGGAGGUAAACUGGUUGUAGGUACAGGUGGAGGUUUGUUCAACUGGCCUGAACACUUGUGUGUUUCUGCCGGGGAUCAUUAGUUGGACAUUAACAGGUUUAGGAACCGAUGGUUUAAAUCAUGGCAGAGUAAAACUCUGCUGACUUUACAACACAAACUAAACGCUGCAGGUGAACACGACGCACCUGCACUUUGGUUUGGAGUCACCGUCAUGAAGAAGGUGACGGAGCCACGGGUGAACUCCAGCAGCAGGAAGAAUAAACUUUCCAUUAUGUGUGUGCAAGCAGUUUUCAAAAUAAAAUGAUUCAUCUUAA